ACAUUCUARUAAUAUGGACAUUGAUAACCUAGACUUCUGUUAAACAUUAAACAGCCAAAUGCCAUUGUAUGCAGGGUUUUCGAAAGCUAUUUUGUUUUUAAGUGAAAGGGACGAGCUAUGAGCAUAUUUACGAUAAUGGCUUCUUUUCGAAGAGCGUUGUUCUCUUAUCGUCCUCGUCGUUUUCUCUUGGUUGUUGUUGCUUUUAGCAUUAUGUUAAUAUGGUUUUCACUGGUCAUAGACGAUAAAUCGAUAAGUUUAAGACCAGCUGUCUCAAUGGGACAACCGGAUCAUGACCAUCUGCAUUUACGAGAACAUUUUCCAAUUUCCAAAGAUUUCAUAAUGAUCUCCAAUGUCGAACUGUCCUCGUCAAACCUACUUUCGUCCACUGGAACAUUAAAUGAAGCAAUGCGAUUGUGUAACCAGGCCAAUGUUAGCUGCCUUGGGUUCAUUAAUGCCAGAUCACAUGAUCACCGGGUGUUUUCCUUGGUGAUGUCAGGAGCUACUAUAAAACGAGGCGUGAAUACUUUCUAUUUGAAGGCUUCUAUGGCAGGGGAGAUUUCAUUUGAAAGAAACUUCCUUCAGUGUGUUAUUCCAACAAACAACAAUAUUUCUCAAUCGAGUGGCUGUAGAUUACCUCACCUUGAUCCUUGGGACGAGACAAUUCGACACUUGUUGGAACCACAACAGCAGUUGACUUGUGAUGGAACGUCAUACACCUCCUACUCAAACAACGUUCUCAAAUUCGUGAAAACACAAGAUACGUCAAAAAUUAAAAAGAUUACAUAUCGAGCCAUCUUGAGACCACCAGAAACCGAUGUUGGUAAUCUAUAUGGCGCCGAGGAAACGCUAAACCUCACUGAUGAAGGAAAAAAAAUAARUGAAGACUUCAUUGAAGUCAACACUUACCUUCAUGAUGACGAAACACAUAAGGAWUAUCACGCUUAUGCGGCACCGAAACCUAGUGUUCUUCAAAGGAAAACAAAUCAUCCAGACGAGGGAAUUCCACUAAAUAUCAUCAUUUUAGGACUUGAUGGAAAUUCCAAUGCUAAUUUUCAGCGAUUUUUACCAGACGCUUAUAAAUUUUUAAAGGACGACUURAAGGCUUUUAUAUUUGAAGGWUUUUCGUCACUUGGGGAAGCGACCACUCCUCAGUUGACUGGACUGCUCACUGGAAGGACUCUUCAGGACAACUGCGCACAGCACGAGGCUCGACGAGGGGUUUCAUAUAACCCAGUUGAUAAUUGGCCGUUUAUCUUCAAGCCUUUAGUAGAUCAUGGUUAUGCUACGAUGUUCAGCGAGGACGCACCGGCUAUAGGUGCGUUUUCUCUUCGAUUAAACGCUUUUAAAGACCAACCAACCGACCACUAUGGUCGUUAUUUCUGGUGGGCAUUUCCMGCUGAUSACAUCGGUAUCAUGGACAACUGCAUCAACUCUCAACCCCAGCAUGUYGUCCAGYUWAACUAUCUACGCASCUUCAUGGACGCUUAUCCGAAAAAAUUAAAAUUUGGCUUUACUUUCCUGGCAAAUCUUUGUCAUCAGAGCUUCAACUUUGUCAGCAGUGGAGCUCAAGAUAUUUAUAAAUUUCUACAGUCGUUUAAAGCUUCUAGUCAUCUURAUAACACUAUGUUGAUAGUGAUGGGCGAUCAUGGAGCCCGAUUUGAUGAAAUAAGAUCGACACUACAAGGAAAACUAGAAGAAAGACUUCCAUUUUUAGCUAUGGUUCUUCCAGAAACAUUCCGACAAAAUCAUCCYAGUUUUACAAAGAAUUUGGCUUCGAAUACCCAGCGUAUWAUWUCACCAUUAGAUGUCCAUGCCACUUUUAUGCACAUCUURAAAUAYCCCAAUGAUCCUUCAAGGUCUUCUUGGACUAAAGGAAGCAGUCUUUUUAGCGAACUUCCAUCUACUAGACAGUGCAAUGAYGCUUCUAUACCUACUCACUUUUGCCCUUGUAUUCAGUUUAAACCUAUUUCUAUUUCAAAUACACAUGUUUACAUCGGAGCAUUAAUAACGGUACAGCACAUUAACAAACUAUUGACUAAGGAAUCCACUACAGCACGAAUGUGUCACAAGUUAGCACUUAGCGAAAUUAUCAGCGCUGUUCAAGCCAUGCCAAACAAAAAUGUGCAGCGUUUUAAUGGUAUAGAAGGUGGKAUUGGUYUAGGUGUUGGAAAACCUAUUUAUAACGAAGAACAAGACAUUGAAUGUACUUAUGAAAUUCAGUUCAGGACUCGACCUAACAUGGCUAUCUAUGAGUCAACCGUUAAGUUUGUGAAUGGUAAAUUCGCMGUUCACGGUGAARUAAGUCGAGUUAAUCGAUAUGGAACCCAGUCUUACUGUGUUACGCAGACAUUUCCUUAUCUACGAAAGUUUUGUCUUUGCCGUCAUCAUUAAUUAUUUAUAAUGAAAUCACARUAAUAAAUUAAGAUAUGUUUCUAUU